UUUCUUCACAACCUCUCUCUAUUUUUCUCUUCAUAUUUUCAACGUAUAUAACAAACAAAAUCACUGGAACCUCACCCACUCCAUACCCAUAACCCAACAUUGUCAUUCAUCAAUGGAGAUUAAGAAGAAGAAAAAUAAUGUCUUCCCAGUAUAUCCAGCCCUUCUUUUACUGACAAUACUCUCAUGCGCAGAGCUCGCAAUUUCCAUGCAACGUUGCGGCAACUGCGGCAGCUUUCCGGUCCCGUACCCACUGAGCACGGAGCCCAGUUGCGGCGACCAGUCCUACAAGAUCCGGUGCACCGCAGGCACACCCUUGUUCGAAGCUCUCAACUCGUCGUCCUACAGGAUCACGUCUAUCAAUCCCUUGACUCAGCGGAUCAUCAUCCAACCACCUGGGUUCGCCGGGAACACUUGCAUUUCUAGUGAUAUUAUCAGAAAAGGUUUCCAGCUUAAUGAGAGUCUUCCCUUUGACAUCGCCACUAGCAACACCAUCAUGUUGCUCAACUGUACGGGUAAUACGACGUCGAAGUUGCAGGGACAGGUGGAUUGUUCGCCGAGUAACGUGUGUCACAGCUACAUCGAGGAUAAUGCACCGGCGUGCAUCAAUGCUCCGGUGUGUUGUACGUUGAAGACCAGCGAGUCCCAGAGUGUGAUCAAGGUUGAGAGCGGAGGGUGCUUGGCGUAUCAGAGCUUUGCGAAUCUGAACCCUAAAGUUGGUGCAGCGGCAGGGAAGAAAUGGCCUGAGCCUGCGCUGGAAUUACAGUGGUCUUUGCCACCUGAACCGGUUUGCAAGAUUCCGAUGGAUUGCAGUGCGUUGUUGAAUUCAAAGUGUUUGUCUGAUCCUGCAAAUGUUUGGCAAAAGAGGUGCUACUGUAAUCCUGGGUUCAAGUGGGAUCCCAUUAAUGGACUCUGUCAAAGCGGGAAGUGUCAACACGGGAAACAUUGCAAGAAGAAGAAGAAGAAGAAGAAGACAGCAGUUUUUGCAGGUGCUGGCCUUGCUGGGGGUGGAAUUUUGCUAGCCGCCAUGGUAGGAAUCCUAGUGCAAAAGCAUAAACAGAGGGAGAAGAAAGAAACCCAGAGGAAUUUAGUGAAGAAGAGGGAAGAAAUUUUGAAUGCCAAAAACAAUGGGAAAUCAGCCAGGGUAUUUACAGGGAGAGAGAUAACAAGGGCAACUAACAACUUUUCCAAAGACAAUCUCAUAGGCUCUGGUGGGUUUGGGGAGGUGUUCAAAGGCGUUUUUGAGGAUGGAACCAUAACAGCAAUCAAGCGUGCCAAGCUGGGAAACACCAAGGGCACUGAUCAAAUCCUCAAUGAGGUUCGGAUUCUUUGUCAGGUUAACCACAGGAGCCUUGUAAGACUCCUUGGCUGUUGUGUUGAGCUUGAGCAGCCUCUAAUGAUUUAUGAGUUCAUUCCUAGCGGAACCUUAUUUGAGCACCUGCAUUGCCAAUUCUCCGGCAAACGAGCUCCUCUCAGCUGGCAGUGCCGCCUACGCAUUUCCCACCAGACUGCAGAGGGUCUUGCUUAUCUCCACUCUGCAGCUGUGCCGCCCAUUUACCAUCGUGACGUGAAAUCAAGCAACAUUCUGCUUGAUGAGAAAUUGAAUGCUAAAGUUUCUGAUUUUGGGCUGUCUAGGCUGGUUGAGAUAACCGAAACAAACAAUGACAGUCACAUCUUCACUUGUGCACAAGGAACUCUAGGAUACCUUGACCCUGAAUAUUACCGCAACUUUCAGCUCACGGAUAAGAGUGACGUUUAUAGCUUCGGAGUUGUUUUGCUGGAGCUACUCACAUCAGAGAAGGCUAUUGAUUUUAAUAGAGAAGAAGAACACGUAAACUUGGUGGUGUAUAUCAAAAAGGUAAUGGAUGAGGAGAGGCUGAUGGAGGUUGUUGAUCCAGUCAUCAAGAAGGGAGCUACAAAGUUAGAACUGGAAACAAUGAAGUCAUUAGGAUUGCUGGCAGCAUCAUGCUUGGAUGAACGCAGGAAGAAUCGGCCUUCGAUGAAAGAAGUUGCUGAUGAAAUAGAAUAUAUUAUUAGCAUUGUCAGAGGAGAGGUUUCUGAAGCCUAGUUCUGAGGAAAAACGUAGCAAGGAAUAACCUAGGUGUACGUAUCAUCAGUACAUGAACUCCUAAUCAAUUUUCCAAUGAUUCUCCAAAGUUUCUAAUGAUUUGGACCAUUUCUUUCCAUCAAAAUGGACCAAUUUGAGGUCCCUAGAGGUUCUCUGUUAAAACCCAACUAUGCUAACAGAACCAGAGUUCCUGUAUUCCCAGACUUUAUGUUCACAUACACUCAAUUUGAGUAUCAUUAACUUAAAAGCAAAAUAAAGCAC